UACUCAUAAACUAGUUGGUCGGUAUCACUCACACAGGAAAAUGUCGCUCAGAUACCUCAUUCGCCGCAAUUCUCGUGGUUCCUUACCUGUCUAUACUGACAUUCGUAAUGGUGGCACAAGAUACCUCGUAUCAAUCCGGAACGUUCAAGGACAACUCAGUUCUCUUGCCAACGAUUUAAAACAAUCUCUAUUCAGCCACAAUUCUCCGGAGGCUGCUCGACUUAAAGUACAAGUCGUAGCACAAAGGCACCUUGUCAUCUCGGGUGGCCGUUGGAAAAAUGAUGUGAUCAAUUGGCUCACGUCCAAGGGUUUUUGACUAGUCACAUGUUAAUCAUCGCGUACUAGCUAGUAUUUACAUGUCAGCUUCUUCCGACUCCGGA